AAAAAAAUAACUGAAAAACCAGCACUUUUGACCAUUUUUUUAGAUUCCGAAGGAAACUUACCCUAUUUUGUUCAAUAACUCAAAAACGAGUAGAGAUAUCGCAAAUCUAAGCACAUUUUUGGUCCUUCAGGGUCUUGAAAUCAUCGGUUUUAGUAGAAUAGCAUAUUUUUUUUGUCGAAAAAAAUUUCAUUUUUUUUUGGUCCCUUACAAUUUUUGAAAACUUUAGGCCCCUUGAGGGAUUACUUAGCCUUGAGAUACGGACUUCAAAUUAUGACACGAUCAUUUCUUAGCUAAAACGAUAAUUUUCCACUAACGAACUUAUAACAUUUCCAAUUUUUGCAAAAUAAGGGACGGCCUAAUGCUCAUCCAUCUACUCCAAGAUUCAUCCAGAAAUUUCGUCUCAAAAUAGUCAGAAAUUUUCUCACGGGCUCCUUCCGGUGUUUUUUCUGGUAUUCAUACAUAAGUUUCUUCUGAAAUUACUCCGGGUUCCUCCAGGUGAUUCUUGUGGAAUUCCAACUGGAGUCUCUUCUGAUAUACCUCUAGGAAUUUCAACCGGUAUUUAUUUGGGUAUUCCUUCCGUGAUUAUUUCAGAAGUUCCUUCUGGGAUGUGAAGAAUUAGCAUAAGUUAAAAUUCACGAAUAAGAAGAAACUAAAAAAACUCCUUCCGGGAUUUCUUCUUCGAAUCCUUCCGGGCUACACCCCGAUUCUCAUCAAGCCAGAUUCCUCCAGAUUUUUCUUCUGAAAUUAACCAGGAGGUUGACCUUCCAAGGUUCCUCCAAGAGUUUCUUUUGCAAUUGCAGUAGAUUAUUUUGAGCAUCCUCCGGUAGUUUAGUCUAAGACUCUCAAUGCUUUAAAUUCUUUAUGGAGUUAUUUCAGGAGUUUCAUAUAGAAGUUCUGCAUGAGUUCUUUAUAAAAUUCCUACAAGAUUGCUACAGGGUAUACAGGGCCCCUCUAGUCACAGCUGUAAAGGCGUGAGUACUCAGCAUGGCCGUGCAGAGAUUGGCGGGUUCGAUUCUCGGUCGAUCCAUGAACUUUUUGUAAAUGAAAUUUCACUGACUUCUUUAAGCACAAAUGCAAAAUUCGUUUUCUUCCACUCAUCUCCUUUAAAAAUCUAAAAUAUUGAAGAGACAGAAAAAAACAUGGCGGCUCAUUAAUAGAGUCAUUCAAUGGCAAAAAUGUUGUCAACCAAGAUUUUUUCAAUAAUGCAUCAGCCUUAUUGGCUUACUCUUUCACUUAUUUUAAGAUUUUCGGGGGAAAUGCAUACUGGAUUUCUUUCAAAUAUUCUUUAUGGUAAUCCUCCAAGAGUUCAUUAUGGAUAUUUUUUUGUAUUUUUUAGGCAAUUUCAUAUAAAACUACCUCAGGCAAGAAAAUGUGGUUGUGAUCUGUUAAACAUUGUCCGGUUUCUAUUUUGGUUCAAUCGAUCGGUAGCAUUUGUUCUGAGAUUUAUGUCGAGCAAACGUUACUUGUUAGAUUUUUCGUGUUUUCAUCUCGCAUGCUGUUAUUGUGCCCAAAUGAUCUUUAUGCGAACCGAAGUUGUAUUAGUUUAUGCUGACUAGAUUUUAUUUUUUUAACAGAUCACAACCACGACCUUUUUGUCUGUCUAGAGGUAGUAGUAUUGAUCUAAAAAUAUUUCUAAGCCGUUCAAGACCAAGACGUUCAAGGCGUUGUGAUUGUGUUAUUCAACAAUGACCCUCUGUUAAUUUCAAAUUCUGUUUGAUGUUUCUUAUCGUUCGCUAGCGAUUUUAUCUUCUGUGUUCUUUCAUUACUUUCCCUACUUUCUCUUACUUUGGGUAGUAUUACAUUUACCGAAAAGAGCUAAUAAUGAUUAAUUAUGAUAAAGUGCGAUGAUUAAACCUCGAAAAUAAAAUCAUAUAAACAUCUUAUCGUUCGUUUUUCCAUUUUAUAAAAACUGGGGAUCUUUUCAUUAUUGGUAGAGGCAAAAAAAAGUCAUAAUAAUUUAAAGUUUGGGAAAGCACUAUGUCGAAACUGCACCGCGCUUGCGCUGUAUACAUUAACGAAGGGUUACCUUCUGACUAAAAUUAUUGAUUACAUAUGAGGGGCUCAGGUCAACCACAUAUUUUUUGUAAGACAGUACACUAAAAAAUGUUUAUGUUCAGAAUUUAGGACUAGUUAAAUACACUUUCAAAACCAAAACUUACGGUUGUCCGUCAUUUACUGGUUAAUUAUUUUUUGGAAAACCGUUUCCUGGAUUGAACCACACCCAACAAUAUUUGGGUAUUUAUAGAAAAAUCUAGCUUUCAGAUUUCUCUUUUUUUGCAUACACUGCAAAAUUAACAAUAAUGCCUCACUUUACCAAAGCAGCACACAAGUCACAAGGGAUUACAGCGACAGCGCAGCUUUUUGGUUGUACAGGAGCUACAUUCUUGUAAUUCUAACUCCAAGGCAGAAUAACUUGAAAAUGACUCGUGUCCGACCAAAAACCUGUGCUGCCGACACUCCAAGGGUAUAACUUUUCUCAAGGCAUCGGAUAACUUUACGGACAAAGUUGUUGAACAAAGGUUUUAUUGAUUGAACACAUACAGCGCCACCUAGAAGCAAAAAUCAAAAAUUUCCCAUACUGAUUUCAAGCUUAUUGAGUACCCGCUUAUUUCCCUCAAACGCUCGUUUGUACGUAGCUUCUAUGAGUCCAAAACAAAUUUGUCAGUUGUUGUCUGUGCCUUCUAACAUUAAUUACAAGUUUUUCCAGUAUGAGUCAGGAAUUGAGAUUUUGCAUUUUUUUUAAUUUUAUGCUUUACAUACAAGUGUGGACCACCCUAUUGCGGAGGCUUACGCGUACCGUAAUAAAGAUCUUUUAUUCGUCAUAUCUGAACAAUAUUGCACGCAAAUCUAAAUAAACAAAAGAUUGUAAAAUAAUACAUAUAUUGGAUAAAAUAUAUAAUUAUUAAAUUACAAUAGAAUAUUUUAUCCGAAAAUGGUUACUCCAGAAAAUAGUUUCCCAAGAAAUAAAACAUUCCAGGAAAUGGUUCUCGGAAAAUGUUUUUCCGUGAAAUGACGUAUAAUCAAAAUCACAAAAAAAAACAUUGAGAUGUAUAAAAAAUCAUAUAAACAUUUGUGCUUCAAUUUAACAGGCAAUUGGAAGAUGAUGUAGACGAAGACGAUGGUGAAAAUGGGAUGCUUGAUUUCUCACGUGAGCUGUUGCCAAACUAUGAUGAGAUCCCCGAAAAUGACCUUCCAGUUAUUGUGGAACCGAACCUAACAGGUGUUCGCUGUGCAGCUCAUGAUAUCCAAUUAUCCGUAAACGACGUGUUCAAGCAGAAGACCGUGGCGAAAUUUCUUGCCAAAGUCCGAAAGUUGGUCAAAACACUCCGGUCUCAGCCGUAUGUCAAUACCUUCAGAAAAGAUAACUCCAAAAAUUUGCCGAAACUUGACGGUGAUACGCGUUGGGGUUCGUCGUAUGAGAUGGUGAACCGUAUCAAAGAACUUCAACCGUGCAUAUUGGAGCUUCUUCCUGCCAAUCUUCAGAAAGAGUACAAUGAGAAGUUUUGGCAAACUGUAGAUCGAUUCGUUCAAUCUACAUUCCCGUUAUACAUUCUCACGAAAAGGAUUCAAGAGGAAUCUCUGACGUGCGGUACCAUGUACCUUUGCUGGAAAGAAUGCUGUCUGGAGUUAGCCGAAAUAAGAGAUCCGUUGGCAAAGCAAUUACUCGAAGCAUUGCAAAAGCGACAAGGAAUGUGGUUCGACAAUCCAGCGUUUCUGGCUGCUCUUUUUGUCGACCCACGAAUGCAUGAGUUUGAUCCACCAGUAUUGUCUGCAAACCAGAAAGAGAUAGCGGUCCGACACAUAAUGGUUACCUGGAAAUCCCUGCGUACACUGAAAGGAACUUCUUCAACCGCAGCAAGCAGCUCCCCAACGCCGUCUACAAGCACUGAGAGUUUUGCUAGAGUUGCAAAGCUUCUCACAAACAAUCGCCAGGACAAGCCUUCUGAUGUCGGUGAAAUGGAAAAACGUAUUCGGAAACUUCCAUUGGAAAUCUCCGCACCGCUGGACGCCGAUGUUAUCCGAUACUGGGAAGCAAGGAAACGGAUCGACAAAGAAUUGGCUGAGGUCGCAAUAAUUGUUUCCCAGUUGCCAUGCACACAGGUGUCCGUUGAGCGGACCUUCAAUGGACUCGGUCAGAUCUUGACAAAAACUCGCAUGAGACUUGGAUCUCUUUCGUUGUCUACGAUUUUGUUCGUGAAGGCAAACGGUAAAUUGUUUGAGGAACAUUACUUUCAAUAUGACUUGUGAUUUGGACCGCUUUUCCGCUACAUUGCUUGAAACAUACAUAUUGAAUUCUACAAGCAAUUAGCAUAUUUUAAAUCGAAAACUCACCAUUUCGUUGAACAGCUGUAGCUGUAGCGAUGGUGUAUAUAAUUGUUUUUUUUUCCUUGUUUUAUAUGAAAUUGGUAAAUGCAAUCAAAUUGGAAUAUAGAGUGCAUUGUUUAACUGUAUUUUUGACCUGUACAGAAAGAUACAAACUACAAAACGCUCAUUAUAUAAAAAAGACUGUUUAUUUGCGUUGAAUAAAUAUUCCAUCGAAGCAUUUCAA